AAUUAAGUUCUCCACAAUAGCGCUGUCCUCCUAAAACCGUCUCUCCUUCUCUCUCAUUCAGCUGAAUUUUCCAGUUUCUGCAAGAACAAAGAAAAGAAAAUGCAGAGGUCUCCAUCCCAUUCCCUAUUGCAGUUUUUUCAAGAAAGUGACAUUGAAAGUGAAGUAAAAAACUUAGGAAGAAGGGCUCGGAAAGAUAGAUAUCAUGACAAAGAAGAUUACUCGGAUGAAUUUGUUGGGGAAGAUAGCCAUUUAAAGAACAACAAAGGAAAAGAGCCCAUCAAACGACGGGUAGAUAGCUCUUGGGGAAAGCAUGGCCUUUGGAACCAUGAGCAGAAGGCAAGAGCUGCAAAGCUUGAGAAACAGCUAAAGGCAAGAUUGGCUCUUGAGGAAAUGAUUGAGGAACAGCUGAACUCUUUUCAAGCACACUACAACAGCAUCAUGGUCCCGAGUAGUUUCAAGGAUGUGGCUGAUCUUCUCAUGCCCAAGGGAACUUCAGCAAUGGAAUUGGCAGCAUUGACAUGGUUAGGUGAUUGGCGACCUUCUUCGAUUUUGAACCUUUUGGGAUCACUUAUCUCAUCCAAUUCAGAAUCAAAUGUUGUGGGACAAGUCUUGCCUCAGUUGAUUAAAGAUGUCCGAGUUGAAGAGGCUGUAAUUGAUGAAGAAAUGGCUGAAAUUCAAGCCAACUGUGUGCUGCAUCUUCCAUUUGGACCAAUUCAGAGAGAGGAAAAUGAUUCAUCGCUGCUUUCUGUCAAGGAAGAGUUCAGGAAAAUUCAUGCUGUCCUCAACAAGGCCCAAAAUCUCAGGUUGAGGGCAUUGGAGUUGGUGGCUAAGAAGGUGAUGAGCCAAACGGAUGCUGCAGCGUUCCUAGUUGCAUUUUCUGCCAUUCAAGAUUUCAUUCACCAAUUCAUUACUACCCACAGAUUGGAUAAGGGUUUUGACUCUCAGCCUUUAAAGUCUGCCCCCGCCCUGGAAUCUUUGAGAGGUGGAAGAUUUCUGACUACCACAAGAACCAAAACCUGUGAAGGAAAGAAAUACAAAAGAAUCUUGAAUGGGCAGCAAAUCGGCUAGAUGGUUAAUUUGUUGAUUACCAAAGUACUGUUGAUCACUCAUUCUUUUGUUGCAGCAGUGAGUUGAUGUCAUUUGUUUUGUCAAAUUCAACGAGUCAUGUUUGAGCCUAGAGCCUUCAAAAACUUCAAAAACUCAAGCACAUGUUUGCUGUUUGCGUUACUGAAAUGAUGUGUGUUUUUGUUUUUACUCGAGUUUUAUGUAAAGAAAGGUUGGGGAGGAUUUUGUAUCAGUUGAUGAUGAAUUCUUUUGUCCUGGCAGAUUAGCGCACGAAAGAGAGAAGAUGUAACAACUUUGUAGAUGACUUUUUUUCAGUAAUAAU